UAAGUACACAAAUAAAUAUAGCAUGGUCGUCAUUUCAUGACUCCGACGAAUUUUCACUCCGCCGUCGAGCUGGUUAAUCCAGCCCAGCAAAUUACAUGCAUACUUCAAUUUAUCGAAAUGGAAGUAAAAUUCGAGCGCGAUGAAAACUUAGCAAUCUAUCCUCCCAACUGGGACACCAUUCUAGACCAAUUUUUGCAUCCGCCUGACCCAACUUUCUCCACGAAGGACUUAGAGCUAAGCAAGAAACUGCAAUUGGAGCCUUAUCCAUCAAUCGGGGAGCUAUCAAUAUUGGCUAAAAUCGCGUACUCCAGCUAUGAGGAUGCCAAGGAGGAGUUGAAAUUAAAUCUAUCGGAAUACGAGAUUAUCUGCCAUGCAGAAAAUGAAUCUUUCCACGCAUCAAUCUUCUUUCGUGAAGGUAGUCUCUCCGAGUUGAGACAUCGGCAGCUUAUGAUAGCAUUUAGAGGCACAGAAUUCGAAAAAGGAGACGUUGAAGCCGACCUCCAGGGCAUCGUCAAUAACCAGAAAACACCACAGAUAAACUCUGCCUGCACGUUCGCUCUAAACUUCAGGGAAAUUGUCGAAAAAAUUGUCACGCUGUCAAUUGACACGGAUCCCGUUCAUCUCAUCCUCACUGGACACUCCCUUGGUGGUUGGUUAGCCCAAAUUGCAACUUUCGCUCUAAAGUAUGUAGAAUUCAGUCACUGCGCCACACAAUUUAAGAGGGUCAAGGACGACCGAUGCCAUGCUCACUGUGUCGUAUUCGACAGUCCUGGUGCCCAGCUGAUACUAAACUAUAUCAAUUCACUUCCCGAGAUUCGAAAAAAUCACGAUUUGCACACUAUUUCCUUAGACAUUUGCAAUUACGUCAUUUAUCCAAACCUUGUUAACGUAAUCAAUCCUCCGUUUGGAGAUAUGGUGCAAAUUAGCUCGGAGCAAAUUUGCGCAUCACUUAAACCUCUCAAGAGUUUAGCGUUUUCCACUAUCGGUCACACUAGAAGGUUUCAUAGUAUUGAUGUAUUCAUACAGAUUUUAAAUCCAGGGAACCAGUUUCCCCGAUCUGUGACAUCUCUGCUAAAACAACCGGUACACAUAGUUAAAAAUUGGUUGUCUGCUUUACUCAUUGGUGACUCAGUAGCGAAGUUUGACCGCAGUCUAAAUUCGGAUGUAUCAUAUUUACGAGUAGUAAACUGGCCCAUGGUAGUCUUUUCAGGAUGGAACACUAAACUAGAUAAGGCACUAGGACGACGAAGAAAAAUUCUUAUCAAAGGUUUAUCUUCUUUACGCGAUUCCAAUGCUAGGAGAGAACUCAUCGAGUGGGUUUCAAGUGCAGAAAAAUAUUGCAAAACUGUACCCUUGCAAAAUGGCCAACUUAGCUUGUCAAUGACUCGCUUUAGUGAGAUUGAGAAAAGAAUUAUUGAACAAUUUGAACGAAUUAGAUUAUGGAAGGAGUACAUCUGA